CAUUUCGUUGUCGAUCUUUAGAGCGACACAUAUCGAAUUUCAAUGAAGUUCUUUUUAAGAUAAUUAAAACAAAUAAAAGAGUUUAUAGUGAUUUUCUGUUUACAACAUCAGUUUAUCAAAAAAACUUGUUUCACCAUUAAAGGAAAAAGCAUAAAGAUUCACGAAGGAAAUAUCUAGUUAGAUAAAAAGUAAUGGAGUCUGGGAAGAUUUUAAUUGAAGAUGAUGUGAAAAAGAAUAAAAAUGAGAAAUCAAUUUCAAUUGCACAUCUCGAAAGAAGCACAAAAGUUGAUUCAAAUAGUGACAUGAGAAAAAAAGUUUUUCUAGAAACUCAAAAGCCGGAAGAUAAAAUUGAUUCUCAAUUUCAAUUAAAGCGUGAAGAUUUAAGAUUGAAUAAAAGGUCAAAUUUAUUGAUCUCAGAACGUGACAUCAAAAAAUUUGUUGGAGGAGAUGAAAUUAUUGAUAAAAAGAAUCCUUUUCGUAAAAAUGGCGAUCAUGCUGUAAAAAAUGAAUUGUACAUUGAUGAAGAAGAUUUUAAACCAAAGUCACGAAUUAAAAUCAAUGACGAUGACUUUAUUUCAACGGAAGAAGUUCUAAAGCAAUCAAAAUUCGUUCCAGUGUAUAUUAAAAAUCCAGAUCGUGUUCUAACGUACGAUAAAAGUCUUUUAAGAGACUUGAAAAAUGUCAAGUUACAAGCGAAACCAGUUAAAUCAAGUAAUAGGCGAACACCUUUGCCGACUCCUAGAAAGAAGGUUGAAGUGAAUGCAAAAGAAAGCAGAUUUAUUAAAAAGAAUUUCUCAAAUAUAUCUUCCGAAUAUCCGAAAAUUAAGGUUAAAGUAGGUACAGAGCUUGAUGAAUCACUUCAUGAUCCUAAUGAAGUCAUCAUAAAUGCAUUGAAAUUCGAUAAAAUCUUUCGUAAAAUGCAAUCCGAACAGACAGAAAAUCUUGACGACCUCGAUCUCUUUGAAGAACAAGAUCAUCAUGAUAAGUCAAAAGACGACAUUGAUGCAAGUCAAGAAAUGAAUGAUCUUGGAAAUGAAGAGAAAUCUUACACAAAUAUUAUAAGUAGCAAUGAAUUCCGUGAAUAUUUAAAAGAGAAAGGAUUACGUUUAUCGACGACUUUUCCCACACGAUUUAAGAAAUCAAGUGAAUCAAAAAAUGAUAUUCCGAAAGAAACAAAAAAUAUUUCAAACAACACUGCAACCGAAUUAAAAGUUAACGUUCCUUGUGAUGAAAUGUCACGAAAUGAAAAGACGGAUAAGAAGAAAACUGUCUUUGAACGUUUCUCUAAAAUAUUCACAAAAAAUAGAAAUAUUCCAUCAUCAGAUAAAGUCAUGUUGAGAAACUCUUCGUUCAAUGAGAAAUCUUUUGUUAAAUCAAAAUCUGAUAUAAGACGAAGAAGUACAACUCAGGCAUAUGAUGGAUCAGUUGUUGUAAAUAACGAAUUUAUGACUUCAAAUGUUAACCAACCUAAAGAAAACCAUAGAAUGAAUCCAAAUAAAGUUUAUCCUGAAUUUAAAUAUGAUACUAUAAUAAGAAGGUCAGCACCGUAUAGUCAACCAAUUCAUUCAACAAGAGUGUAUUCAAGUACGCCCACAAAACAAUUAUCAAGGGAAAGUUCUAAUUAUUAUAAACAACAACCAAACGGUAAUGUUUAUAAACCAACUUCCCGUAAAUCAUCAUUCCAACACUCAGAUAGUUCACACUUUAAUGAUCAUUUAGAAGUUGAUCCAUUCCUUUAUGCAAAAAUUCACGAAAUGAAGAAACAAGCUGACGAAGUUCUUUUAAAGAAAACUUCUAAUCAACAAAUCUUGCCAAUUAAAGUUCCUGAAAGUCAUAAUAAUAACGAGAGUAUUGAGAAUCCGUGCUAUGGUGAAGUUAUGUACUACAAUCCAAAUGGAAAUCAUUUUAAUGUCAUGAUGCGUCGAACUGAAUCGUCAUCGCUAAGCAAGAAACAAAUAAUGGAAAAGAUUUAUGAGUAUUAUAAGAAAAACACUCAAACUCCAGAACAUGAUCAGACUAAUUUAUCAAGUGCUUCAAAAGCUGAAAAAAAUUCACAUAACAUUUACUCUUCAUUUUCACAUGGCAACAAUUCUGACGCAUCUUUGUUUAGAAGGCAACUUAACGCAGAUUAUGACUUUCCAAUAUCGAGGCCUGAAACGAGUCAUUCGAAACGUACUAUUACUAAUACUUUAGAUCGAUCUUCCCAACGAUUAUCUGAUAAAGAGUUGGGAGGAAUAUAUGAUGUUGUGUAUGAAUCAACACCUAACAAUUAUGAAUUAGAAACUAAUCGUAAUAAAGACUUCUAUGCAAGGCCACAAAGUAAAGUUGGCACAAUCCGAAAAGUUACUUCUCCAUCACCAGUGAGAAAUCAAAUCGAUUUUGUGGAUAUUGUCUACAAUAACAUAAUUUACCGACCUAUCGCAACUAUAAAAGAAAAUGAAGUUUCCCCUAUUUGUGAUACACCGAAAUUAAAACAAUAUGAACAUUUACCUAUUCGGAAGCAAAUUUCGACAACAAAAACUGAUGAAAACUGUUCAAUUAAAAAUGUCAGACAAAGUUUCGUAGGUGAGAAAUUUUGA